UUUAAAACACUCCUGCCUAAUGCUUAGUCCAUCUCUCAGUUAAAUAACUUUAAGACAAAUAAUGGGGGCCAUAGACAAUGGACUUUGCACCAGCCAUAUACGAGAGUAGUAAAACAGGGACGCCGGCCACCAAACCAUGUCGCGCGGUGGAUGAUGGAGACUGGCCAGGACAAAAUAAAAUGGCCACCGCCUGCCGCCUGCCGGCCGUUCGCAACCGCCGACGCCGCCGCCGUUGCUAUAUCCGUCACUAGCCAGUUAGCCACCAACUCGACUGGUCGUCGGUGCAAGUCCAGGCAUCCACCACCAACCUACCAUGGACGCCAAGCCGCAGAACCUGGGCGGCUCGCUGCCGGUGCCCAACGUGCAAGACCUGGCCGCGCGCCCCGCCGACGAGCUCACGCCGCCCGUGCUGCACCGCUACAUCCGCGACGACGCCGACGUCGACGCCGACGCCAACGGCGACGCGGCCGCCUCGGUGCCCGUGGUGGACCUCGCGAGGCUCCUGGACCCGUCGCACGGGGAGCAGGAGGCCGCCAAGCUGAAGGCCGCCUGCGAGGACUGGGGCUUCUUCCAGGUGGUCAACCACGGGGUCCCCGACGCGGUGAUCGCCGACGUCAAGGCGGACCUGCAGGGCUUCUUCGGCCUCCCGCUACCCGAGAAGAACGCGGUGGCGCAGGAGCCCGGCGGGAUCGAGGGGUACGGGCAGGCCUUCGUCGUCGCCGCCGACCAGAAGCUGGACUGGGCCGACAUGCUCUUCCUCUUCACGCAGCCGCCCGAGUACCGGGCCUCGCGCUUCUGGCCGGCGCGCCCCGCCACGUUCGGGGACUCGCUGGACCGCUACUCCGUCGAGGUGCAGCGCGUCGCCGCCGGCCUGCUGGCGGCCAUGGCCGCCAACCUGGGCGUGGCGGAGGCGGACGCCCGGAAGCUGACGAGGCUCGCCGGCGCACAGUCCGUGCGGAUCAACUACUACCCGCCGUGCCCGGACGGCAGGGUGCUCGGCCUGUCGCCGCACUCCGACGCCGUCGGUCUCACGCUCCUGCUCCAGGUCAGCGCCGCCGUCCCGGGGCUGCAGAUCAGGCGGCGCGGCGCGUGGGUCAGCGUGGACCCCGUCCCGGGGGCGCUGGUGGCCAACGUCGGCGACGUCGUCGAGGUGCUCACCAACGGGAGGUACAAGAGCAUCGAGCACCGGGCGGUGGUCAGCGCCACCCAUCACCGGGUGUCCAUCGCCGCCUUCCACUCCGCCAAGUUCGGCGGCACGUACGCGCCGCUGGAGGAGACGACGAUGGUACACGGCGAGCCGGCGAGGUACAAAACCAUAAGCGUCGAGGACUACGUCCGGCUGCUGCUGUCUUGUAAGCUUGAGGGAAAGAACAUCAUGGACGCCAUGAAGAUCAAUCCCCCUGAACUGCAGUGACAACAUGAAUUUCUCAAAUUUCAAACAAUGGAGCCUGCUGCAAUAUAUAUACAUGCAGAUUUGUGUUCUUGUCGUCGUCUCUGCUUGUUGUUUCGUAUCAUCUAGAUCUGUGCAAGACAGGAUUGCUCUAAGCAUCUUGGUCAAGUAAACCAUGAAUGUACAUGUUCCGAUUUGAAGGGA